CGGGAAAUGAAUGAGGGGAUAUUACAAUUGUAACCUCGCCCCUUUCCAAUCGAAAAGCGAUUACAGGAUCUUUGUCAGAACUGAAAGAAAGAAAGAAAGAAAGAAUGGAGAAAGUGGUAGCGGAGACGGCGGAGCUGCCCAAGACAAUCGUGCGGCGCGUGGUGAAGGACAAGCUUUCCCAGUGCUCCAAAGCCGACGCCGACCUCAACGUCCACAAAGAAGCUCUCACCGCCUUCUCCGAGAGCGCCCGCAUCUUCAUCCACUACCUCUCCGCCACAGCCAACGACAUCUGCAGGGGAUCCAAGAGGCAGACGAUCAACGCCGACGACGUCUUCAAAGCGCUCGAGGACAUCGAGUUCCCCGAGUUCGUUGGCCCUCUCAAGGCCUCUCUCGAAGAGCUGAGGGAGAAGAAUGCUGGAAAGAAGGCGGGGACAUCAAAGGCAAAGGAAGCGAAAACUAAAGAGGCGAAAACAAAAGAAGCGAAGAAGAAGAAGAGGAAAUUGGAAGAGCCACCACCCAAGCAAGAGGAAGAAAACCAAGAUGAGGAUGGAAGCGAUGGCACUAGUGAAAGCUCGAGCAAAGAAUGAACCAUUUCUGCUAGUUUUGUAUCCAUUUUCCUUUCAAGUUCUAGUUCGGAUUCGAAUCUAAGUCCAAGUUUGUUAGAACACGAUUUACUUGUUUGAUGUGCAACUGCAAUUUGACCUCUCAUUUGCACCAUGCUUCAUUUUAAGUUUCUUACAUUGCAU